AGAAGGAUUGAAAACAACCGUGACUGCUGGAGCGAUCGCCCUCUCUCCUGUAUUUCUCCGUACAUGUGCGUGCAUGUGGUGCCACUUCCCACUUCAGUUUCAUUUCUGCUUGCGAUGAAAACAAAUCAGGGGUGAGAGAGAGAGGAAGGUGCAGUGGCGAGAUCAUGACAGGGAGCAGGAGACAGCUGCAGCUCCUGUGAGAGUGUGUGAAUGUGCGUGAGAUUAAGUGAGAAAGAGAGGGAGCAUUUGGGUGAGAGGAGACAAGGAGAGAGGAGGGAGACGGAGUGAGAGUGAGCAGGAAGAAGAGGAGCGUUGCCACACUGCUUGGACUGGACACACCUGCAGUUAAAUCAUGUGGCUCUACUUCCUGUCUCUGUGUGGAGGGGGUGCAGCUAUCCUGUAUGUGCUGUGUGGCUGGCUUAUACCAGCAGCAGUGGAAGACAGCCCCUGGUUUACUCUGCUGUGGCAUGACUUUAUUCUGCAACGGAUUCUCAAUGCCCUAACCUGGUCCACACGACCUCAGCGCCUCCUGAAGGCCAUUCAGAAAAAAGCUACUCGAGGGGACCCCCAGAGUGUCAUCUCUGCGAUUGACUACUUCUGCCGGCACAAAGAGUGGGCCAUGAACGUGGGCGAUGAGAAAGGUGCCAUCCUGGACUCUGUGGUCAGUGAGGUGAAUCCCAGCACCGCUCUGGAACUCGGAACUUACUGUGGAUACUCCACCGUGCGCAUCGCUCGUCUGCUGCCCCCUGAAACACGCCUCAUCACCCUGGAGUUCAACCCUGAUUAUGCAGUUGUGGCCCAUCAGGUCAUCGCAUGGGCAGGCCUUCAGGAUAAGGUGGAGCUCGUGGUGGGGUCCUCAGGAGAUCUGAUCCCGCAGAUGAAGCAAAAAUUUGGCAUCAAACAGUUUGACUUUGUUUUCCUGGAUCACUGGAAGGAUCGAUAUCUUCUUGACAUCAAACUAUUAGAGGAAUGUGGACUGCUUAGGAGAGGCACUGUGCUGCUGGCAGACAAUGUCAUCUGUCCUGGGACCCCAGAGUACCUGGAGUACGUGCGUACCAGCCCCCGUUAUGAGAGCCAUUACUUCAAAGCCCACCUGGAAUACACCAAGGUAGAGGACGGCCUGGAGAAGUCCAUUUUCUUGGGUUAGGAAGCAAGAUACUUGAAAUUGUCCUGUACUGGUGUUUGAAAGACCUUGUUAGAUCUGGUGAUUCACACCAUAUUAGUUUUGCCUAAAGUGAAAGAACAAUAAAAUGAUGAAUAAAAACUGCAUAAUAAUGUGAAA